AUGAAAAUCUUGCUGGCGAACGACGAUGGCAUCUACGCACCUGGUCUGGCGGCCAUGGAGAAGGCCCUCCGCACUAUUGGCGACGUGACGGUAAUUGCCCCUGCGACCGAGCAAAGCGGAGUAGGGCACUCGAUUACCUUCCUGAGCCCUUUAGUUUGUAAAGAGGUUUACGAUGGUGAUCGCCUUCGCGGAUACGCCGUAGAAGGAAGCCCCGCCGACUGCGUGAAACUGGGCGUCGUGGAACUGCUGGAAGAGCGGCCUGACUUGAUUGUCAGCGGGAUCAAUGGCGGGCUAAAUGCCGGGAUUAACGUUCUUUAUUCCGGGACCGUGGGAGCGGCAAUCGAAGGAGCCUUCUUUGGCAUCACCAGCAUUGCCGUUUCGCUGGAAUGGGAUGAACAUGCCCAGUUCGAUCGCGCUGCAGAGAUGGCCCGGCAAAUAAGUGUCCAGAUACUGGAGAACAAAUCUUCUUCGUCCAGGCUGUAUAACCUGAACAUUCCCACCCCCGCUACGAAGCUACCUCCCGGCGAAGCGGAACUGAAAGUCGUGCCGAUGGGUGUGGUUCGCUAUGGUGAGCACUUCAUCAAGCGCAAAGAUCCCCGAAACC